UCUGGAGACUGCAAGUCUGAGAUCAGGGUGCCUGUGUGGCCUUCGUCCUCCAGGUUGCAGAAGUCUAGUUGUAUCCUCACAUGGUGGGAGGGAUGCAGGAGCUCUUUGGGGUCUCCUUUACAAGAGCGCAAAUUCCAUUCAUGAGGGCUCCACCCUCAUGACCUAAGCCCUCUGCACAGGCCCCAUCUGCUAAUAUCAUCACACCGGACAGUAUGAUGUCAACAUCUGAAUCUGAGGGGCCACAAACAUUUAGACCACAGUACAUACCCUUCCUCCAAAAAAAUGUCAAGUCUGUGAACUGUGUAUGUUGUGACUGAGGUUAGCACCAAGAAUUGAGGUAGACAUGGAUAACACUAUGAAAUUAGGACUAUGUCUACACAACUGGGAUUUGAAUGUUGUUUUACUUUUUUUUCUGAGUAUUUGAUUGUGUUUUAUUAAAUAGGUACAUUGAUGUGUUCGCUUCACAGCACAUAUACUAAAAAACCAAAGUCUUAAUAAUUGUAUGUAUUUUCCAUGUAAGUCCUGGAACUUCAUCAUGAUUUGAAUUCAGCGUAAGAGUCCAUCUGAAACCUGUUUCAAAGGGAUUAUUUAGGGAGACUUUCACUAUAUGCAAUUUAACUCUUAGCCAUAGCAUCAAAUGCCAAGUACAUUCAACUGUAGUACCUAGAAGAUGGUGCUAUAAUGAAUUCUAGUGUAAAUGAUUAAAAAUGUGUUUCUUUUGUAGUAAAACAAUUUCAAAAUACGUGAUUGAGGUCCUACAUGUUUCAAAAUGUGAGGCAGUUGAGUUGAACACUGUCUUUUUUAUCAGAGUUUUAUUGUGUCUAAUGCUUGUUUAGUGUGGGUCUCUUCUUUAGAGAUGACAAGAGAAUAUAAUUUGUGCAUUGAAUUAUAAUAUCCCUCCCUGACUCCAAAAAGAUAUCCAAUCAAGGAGGUAUGGGAAAAUUAUCAUGGAUUAUUAAUACUUCCUGAAUAGUAUUUUUAUGGGAGAGUGUUGAUGGGUAAACUAGGAAAUGUUCCAUUAUUAAUUGAACAUUUUUAUGGCUAGAUUAAGAGCAGAGACUAUUUUUAGAUUAUCUAUAGUAUUUAUAUGUAGUUUACCAAAACCAAGAGUUUAAAGACAGUAAUUCAAACAAAAAGAAGUUAAUCUGGUAUUUCUGUAUGCAUAGGGUUUCUUCCACAAAAGUGGAUUCAAGUUGACCUACAAAGGGUUAAUAAUCCUGAAUUAAACAAAUAAGAUAUAGUCUGUUGGGAUAAGAAAAGUUUCUGCAUGGACUGUUUUGGCUUCUAAAAAGGACCAUCUUUUGUAACCAAAUUAUUAAUGAUUUCGAAAGAAGAGGUUUUGAUGUACUCUCCAUGUUACCGAAAGGUAUUAGAAUAGUAUAUGAUGAUCAAAAUGCUCUGAUUCUUUAUUUCCUUAGAGAAUCAAACUUUGCUUUAAAAAGUAGAUAUUCUUUGUCUGUACAGCCAUCUCCUUCCUACAUUCCUGGGAAGUCUCCAAUUCCUAGAAAUCUGAAAAUAGAAACAUACAUGAGAACAUAUUUUCUCAGUUUUCAGUUUAAUUUCUGUUUUAAAUAUGCCAGUGAUCACUAAUAAAAAUGUCCUUUGCCUGACAAUGACUUUUACCUUUUUUUCUCUUUGUAAUCUUUUAUAUGAGGAAUUUCCUGAUAGGAUUGAAAACAGGUGUAUGGAGAGACGAGUGUGUGCCAAGAUUGGUAAACAUUCAGAUGCUGAGUUUGCUGUCUCUAUGAAACAACCACACUGUGUAGUCACACAAUUGCUCCAGUAAUAAUACAGCAAAGUUACCAGUCAUUCUUCUCUUUGGUGACUCUUCCUGCUCCUGGAAUGUCAUAGUUGCCAUUGCCCCAGAAAUCUGCCUUUGGCCUGUUGUUGAAAGUAACAGCAUAAAUAUAUAAGCAUAAAGACACUUAUAUAGCUCACACUUGUAUUUUCUGGAUUUUACCUUGCUUAUAAGAUGUAUCUUGUGAAUCCUAAAGUGCCAGAGCUAAAAAGAUGAACCUGUUGGAGCUUGCUUGUUGCCUCAUCUUGGACCCUGGCCUGCUUCUGCUCUAUGACUUGACUCUGUUGGAUCUUGGCAUUAACUUUGGCCAGAACCUAGGGACUGUUCCCUGAAAUGCCCUUCAGUUUUACUGGAAGGGGAAACUACAAAUAAUAGUCAUGGGAACCUAACGGUUGCCAAAAGCCAGACUGAGAAAGAAAAGCCUAAUGGACAAGCAGCAGCAUGAUGCCUAAGGAGACUCGCUUUUUCUUGACGGCCCUGUGCUUGUGACCUUUAAGUAUAAUCCAGAGUCUGCUCUACCUCUCUCCCUUUGCAUUGCCUUCACAUAUCACUUCAAGGAACAGUGACUGGACUUAAAAUUCCACAGAUAAUCCAAAAAUAUCUGUUCAAGUUGGCAUCUAUCAACAGGUGACUUGAAUCUCGAAUAGAGGAGCAGAAAUGCCACCACCAGUCGGUCCCCCCCUAUACCCACCUCCUGAUGGAGGCUGGGGCUGGGUAGUGGUUGGAGCAUCUUUUAUCUCCAUUGGAUUUUCAUAUGCAUUCCCCAAAGCUGUCACAGUGUUCUUCAAAGAAAUUCAGCAAAUAUUCAACACUACUUACAGUGAAAUAGCCUGGAUAUCAUCCAUUAUGCUGGCUGUUAUGUACGCAGGAGGUCCCAUAAGUAGUGUUCUGGUGAAUAAAUAUGGUAGCCGACCAGUGGUGAUGGUAGGAGGUUUAUUAUGCUGUUUGGGAAUGGUCACAGCCUCUUUUAGUACCAGCGUAAUAGGGCUUUACCUCACUACUGGAUUCAUUUGUGGUUUAGGUCUAGCCUUCAACCUGCAACCCGCCCUAACAAUCAUUGGCAAAUACUUCUAUAAGAAACGGCCCAUGGCUAAUGGCCUCGCCAUGGCAGGAAGUCCUGUUUUCUUAAGCACGUUGGCUCCUUUCAAUCAGUACCUUUUCAAUACUUUUGGCUGGAAAGGAAGCUUCUUGAUUUUGGGGGGUAUACUGUUGAAUGCCUGUGUGGCUGGGUCCCUCAUGAGACCCGUUGAACCCAAACAAGUUGCCAAUCAGUCUAAAAAUAACAUUGGCAUAGGAGUGGAUGACUCAGGUGUGAGGAGCCACAGGAAGAAAUCAGCGUGGGAGAUAGUCAAUACGUAUUUAGAUUUCUCCCUUUUUAAGCAUAGGGGAUUUCUGAUAUACUUAUCUGGAAAUGUCAUUAUGUUUCUAGGGUUUUUUGCCCCCAUUAUAUUCUUGGCUCCAUAUGCUAAAGACCAAGGAAUUGAUGAGUAUUCUGCCGCUUUCCUGCUGUCUAUUAUGGCUUUUGUUGAUAUGUUUGCUAGACCUGCUGGAGGACUUAUUGCAAACUCUAAACUUAUCCGCCCCCGAAUCCAGUAUUUCUUCAGUUUUGCAAUCAUGUUCACUGGAGUGUGCCAUCUCUUGUGCCCACUGGCAGAGGACUACACCAGUCUGGUGAUAUAUGCUAUAUUUUUUGGUCUUGGAUUUGGGAGUGUUAGCAGCGUCCUCUUUGAAACUCUCAUGGACCUGGUUGGCCCUCAAAGGUUUUCCAGCGCUGUAGGACUUGUCACAGUGGUGGAGUGUUGCCCCGUUCUCCUUGGUCCUCCUCUUGCUGGUAAAUUGGUGGAUCAAACUGGACAGUAUAAAUACAUGUAUAUAGCCUGUGGCGCUAUUGUGUUCCUCUCAAGUGUGUGGCUGCUCAUCGGCAACGCCAUAAACUACAGAUUGCUUGCAAAGGAAAAGAAGGAAGAAGAAAGGAACAAGAAACUGCAUACACCCGAGUCCAGAGAGUCUGAACCCUUGAACAAAUCUAAACACCAUGAUGUUGAUGUCAAAAGUACAAGAACAGAGAAUAAUUCCUCCGAAAGAGAAACUAAUAUUUAA